AUGGCCAAACACUGGUCAGUGGAUGAGAUGGUGGCCAAAGACUACGAGCAAAGGCUACGGGCGGCCACUUUGGGACGAUUCGCCACUUUAAGACACGUGUCUUCGGCGCUGACCGGCGGUCACUCCACCGACGAUCAGCUGAUCGGCCGAGUGGUCAACGUUUACGGUGUGGUCGAUGCGGUCAAUACGUACAACGAUAUGCAGAAGAGGGUCCAAGUGGUGGAUCCCACCGUUCAGACGCCCAUCACUUUCAUCAUCAAUAAUAUCAACACUAAUAUUGUCACCAAAAACAUCAUAAGACUCACCGGCGUUGUCAUCGUUACGUCCAUCACUGGAAAGAUGUUUGCGGUGAAUGAGCGCAAAAAUUUCGCUCAAUUCCACGCCUUUACGUAUGAUUACGAGUCAACGGAUCCCAACCGAUACGACAUCUUCACGGCCAACGCCACUAUUGAGCCCAUGGAUUACGACCGACCCGUGUGUCUACUGCUGGAACAGUGGUUCGCUCACACAUUCCUCCGCCACAACAGCUUUGACACACUCUUCAGGUCUCCGGCACAGCAAAUAUCGGCUGAAGAGACUGAUAACGCGUCCACUGCGGCCACUAUUACCCACAAUAUCGCUGAUAAAUACGUGGACUUUGCGUGUCUUGUGAUGGCUUCGCAAUUGUAUAGUCAAAGCAUUCUUCUGACGUGUUAUGAUGGCUCUCAACCGACAGAUAGUGUCCACAAUCAAAGGCAAAUCAAUUACGAGGUGAUCGGCGCAGAGUUGCCCGCCAAUCGCUACCAUCGAUUGAAUAAUAUGUCGUUUCUGAUGCCGUAUCGAAUGGAUCCAAAGAAACUGGUGUUUGUGAACGUCUGGAAGAAUAGGUCGAAUCAACACAACGACCACUUCGAUGUCGCCGAAGGAACCACUCUUAUGAAUGGCGACGAUUUACUCAUUCUCUUUAACGUAGAGAUAACUCGCUCUCCGGAGGACAGAUCCAGCGUUACUCUACACUUGCGAUCCGGUCGUCAUUACGGCAAAGGUGUCCGCAAAGUUCACCGCAACAGCAUUUUGGGCCGACUCUUGUUGGCCCGAAUCGGCGAUCGGGAGCGCAAAGUUGAUCGCGCCGUCGGUGGCGAUAGUGUUGCCGGCGGUGAUGCUAUCGAUGACACUGUCGAUGACGAUCACCACAGCGUUCACAACAACACAUUUGUCGACGAUAUGAAUGAAACCUUAUCUCUGCCACCACUUCUGGACGAGACGCCGAUCGUCGAAGACAUUGUGACCGUUGUUGACGAGCCAUUAGCCACUGAACUGUUAGCGCUGGGCUGUCGUCGACUCCAAAACCUCUACAAUCAACAGAUCCGCGAAAAAGACUUUCCGCCCGUUUAUCGCAAUUCAUAUAAAUAUAAUUUAAAAGACAUCGAAAAAGUAUUGGCAAAGAGUCGCCAAUUGUCGCGAUUCCCGGCCAAACGAUUUCUCGGAUCUGUAGGUCAGUGCCGACUCAUCGAAGAUCUGGAAUCACUGGACACGAGUGUGACCUCCGAUGGCGCGCAGCAGUCAUUGUUUCUGAUCAGAGCUAAAAUAGUGGAUCUGUUGCCGCACAGUGUGUUUCCUGUGAAGCAGUUUGUGAUCGUUCGCUGUCCGGUCUGUCUCUACUCCGCGACCGUUAAGACUCUCGAGCACCAGAUCGGCGCCGAUGAGUGUCCGCUCGAUGAGUGUCCCGAUUGCGGACAACAGUCCGAGAAUAUAGCCAUUAAUCAUAAUAAUAAUUCGUAUAAAUUACAGCACUUUUACGCCAUUGUAUUCUUCAUUAAAGACUCCAAUUGUGACACAACUCGAGUAUGUCUUCGAGGGAACAGAGCUGUGGAUGUGCUGACCGGCGGUUUCGACGCUCGCGACCUAUUGGACGAUCCGGAGGCCGCUCUUCAAGCGGACAAUACGUUAUGGAAUAUAUGCGACACAUCUGACAGAUAUAAUGGCGUCGAUUGGAUAAUCCGCAGAAGCGAUGCCACAACUGGUGAUCAGCCCAUCCACGAAGUCGUAUCGAUAGCUCCGUUGAAUACAUAUUCAUAA